AUGCUGUUCCCCUAUGCCAAACUUCUGGCUCUGGCCUUGACCUUUACCAGCGCCAUCGCCUCGCCCAUUGACGUCGAAGCCCGGGAUGAACUUGACAAGCGCGCCACGCAUGUCGUCAUCGGCUACAGAAGAGUGCACCCUAAACAAGCAGAAAUCUACGCAAAGGCAGGCGAGACUCUCGUUCUCGACAAGGAGGUACCAGUAGCCCAGCUCGGCCAGGGGGUAUACACCAGCCAAGAGCGCGACGGCUGGCCAGCCAACGCCGACCACUGGUACUGCAUUAUCACCGCCAACAAGGCCAAGCUGGACGCAAUCAGCAAAGCCUGGAUCCCGGAGAAUGAAUGGUUCGACGGUAAAGGCGAGAAGAAAAUCGAGGCAUAUCUCAAACAGCUUCACGUUGAUCCUAAGCAGACACUGCGUCUAUCUAAGAUUAAGGGGUUUAAUGAACUCCAGAUGUUGAUCCCUCCUGCUUUGAUUGGCAAGAAGAAGAAUGAUCGCGGUCCGUUAGAUAUUUAUGCUAAGUGUGCGAAAACGCCUGGUACUGGACCGGCGCCGCCGGCUGUGGACUAUGCCCACUGGACCAAAGUUGUGGGCCAGCCACAGCAUUAA